GACAGGGAGCUGUGGGCUCAGCGCUGGUUCUGAAAGCCCGACAAAGAUGGCUGAGAGCUGAGACGGGCAAAGAGAAGACCAUUUCAGCGCACGGACACCUCGUCUUCUUUAGCUUUUGAAUUAACGACGGGUGGACCUCUGUGCCCACCGUCAGGCUAAGAGGGAAGAAAUUCCCACUCAUGUGUUGCAUCGUGACACCCGUCGGGCCGCGGUGGUGGUGGUGGAGGUGCUGCUGCUGCUGCUGCUAGGCGGACGUGUCUCCUCUCUCUCGCCGCUUCGAAGGCGGCGUUUUACGGUCACUGGGAAAGCAGCCAAGACGCCGGGAAUUGACCCAAAAAGCCUUUUCGAGAGAUGUCCUUGCUGUGUGUUGGGGUGAAAAAAGCCAAGCUCGAUGGACCCCAAGAAAAAUUCAACACUUACGUGACGCUAAAGGUGCAGAAUGUCAAGAGCACCACCAUCGCCGUGCGCGGCAGUCAGCCGUGCUGGGAGCAGGACUUCAUGUUCGAGAUAAAUCGACUGGACCUCGGCCUAACAGUGGAGGUGUGGAAUAAAGGCCUGAUCUGGGACACCAUGGUGGGUACCUUAUGGAUCCCACUGAGUAGCAUCCGGCAAUCCAAUGAGGAGGGUCCGGGUCAGUGGUUAACACUGGACUCCAAUGUGAUCAUGGCCGAGAAUGAAAUCUGUGGCACCAAAGAUCCAACCUUUCACAGGUUGCUGCUGGACACACGCUUCGAACUGCCACUAGACAUUCCAGAAGAUGAGGCACGAUACUGGGCCAAGAAACUUGAACAACUCAAUGCCAUGAGAGACCAAGAUUAUGCCUAUCAAGAGGAACAAGAGAGGCCUCUCCAGGCACCGUCCACACAGUGCUGUAAUUGGAGUCUGUGGGGAGAUCAGCAAAAUGACGACCCGGACAGUGCCGUGGACGACAGGGACAGCGACUACCGCAGCGAGACGAGUAACAGCAUCCCGCCUCCCUUUUAUACCACAUCUCAGCCCAAUGCCUCCAUGCACCAAUAUCCCAUAAGGCAGCAGCACUACAGACACCCGUAUGAUGACGACAUCCCCGACAUGGACUAUGACCGCGGGGACAUGAGACCCUAUGAUAGUUUAGAUUUGGCCACCAACGGGCGCAGCGAUAUCGACUCAGGCUCAGGCUCGAGCCGGCGCACCAGUCGUCAGUAUUCUCUAGACAGUAGGCAUUCGCUGUCCGAUAGUCCAACAGACAGCCGCUAUGCUUCGUCGGGCGAGCUAAGCCCAGGCAGUUCCCAGCUCAGCGAGGAGUUCAUUCCUGAAGAUGGCGAGAGCUUGCGCGGCUCAGAGUUCUACGACGAAAACGACUCGUACCACUCCUGCCACUCGUCUAUUAGUUACGGCAAGGAGGACUUCCCUGGCUGGGAUGGGGAUGACCAGCAGGGCGUCUACAGUGACGAGGGGAGCUAUGUCAAAGACGGCGGUGAAGACCGAGCGCUCUAUGGCGACGAGGAGGGCGAGAUGUACGAGGAGGAAGGAGCGUACAACUAUGAAGAUGAGGAGGAGAUGCCGUACGAGGAAGACGAAGAUAUCUAUCCAAUGGCUGGCGCUCUUAGUGAGGAGCAGGAGCCCCCUUACAUCCCUACGAGCACUGUUGCCACCCUAGCUCCCCCAUCUGAUAGCGUGUCCACCAGCAGACCUCCACUGGAAAAGCAAACCUCUUUACAUCAGCAGCAGCCUUCCGAUCAGCUCCAACCCUUAAGUACCACCCCGGUCCUCCCUCCUCUCAAACAGGAUGACAUUUUGCCCCCUUUCACAUCUGACUCCGCCAACGUUCCCUUUGCAGCCGCCCAGCAAGACUUAUUUACCACCACUGCCACUCCCAUCAACAGCACACCCACCACCACCACCAUUACAUCACAGAUUCCAGGAUCUGAUGCCAAGUUCCAGGAACCUGAGCCAAAGUCCGAGGUGCCUCUAGAGGAGCUCCCGCCACCGGAACUACUUCCGGCUGGGGAGAGCAUCCCCCCACCCACUGAGGAGAAAACUGAGGAGCCUUCUGUACCCAGCUUCCCAAAGAGGGAACUCAUGGAACCCGGUCCUGCCAGAGCCAAAGCCAACUGGCUCCGAUUGUUCAGCAGAGUACGACUGCAGUUACAAGAGGCCCGAGGCGAGAGUGUCGGCAUUGCCUCUUUGCUGUUAUCAGCGGGGAUGGGCGGUGCUCUUUACAGUAUCGACAGCAUGCCAGACCUCAGGAAGAGGAAAGCGAUGCCUCUCGUCAGAGAUCUGGCUAUGUCACUGGUCCAGAACUCCAGGAAGGCAGGCAUCACCUCAGCCCUGACAUCCAGCACCUUGCAUAAUGAAGAGCUGAAGAGUCAUGUCUACAAGAAAACCCUGCAGGCCCUCAUCUAUCCCAUCUCCUGCACCACGCCGCACAAUUUCGAGGUGUGGACCGCCACCACGCCCACUUACUGCUACGAGUGCGAGGGGCUGCUUUGGGGUAUCGCACGCCAGGGCAUGCGCUGCACUGAGUGUGGCGUCAAAUGUCACGAGAAGUGCCAGGAUCUGCUCAACGCCGAUUGUCUGCAAAGAGCGGCGGAGAAGAGCUCCAAACAUGGCGCAGAGGACCGCACUCAGAACAUCAUCAUGGUCCUCAAAGAUCGCAUGAAGAUCCGUGAGAGGAACAAACCGGAGAUCUUCGAACUCAUUCAAGAGGUCUUCUCCGUCCCCAAGGCCACGCACGGCACCCAGAUGAAGCAGAUCAAACAGAGCGUGCUCGACGGCACCUCCAAAUGGUCGGCCAAGAUCAGCAUCACGGUGUUAUGUGCACAAGGUUUACAAGCCAAGGAUAAAACCGGCUCCAGUGAUCCCUACGUCACCGUCCAGGUGGGAAAGACCAAAAAGAGGACCAAAACCAUCUAUGGCAACCUCAAUCCUGUCUGGGAGGAAACCUUCAAUUUUGAAUGCCACAACUCCUCGGAUCGUAUCAAGGUGCGAGUGUGGGAUGAGGAUGAUGACAUCAAGUCCCGCGUAAAGCAGAAGUUCAAACGGGAGUCCGACGACUUCCUCGGGCAAACCAUCAUCGAGGUCCGCACUCUGAGUGGAGAGAUGGACGUAUGGUACAACCUGGACAAGCGUACAGACAAAUCAGCCGUUUCAGGGGCAAUCCGCAUGCACAUCAAUGUGGAGAUUAAGGGCGAAGAGACGGUCGCCCCCUAUCACGUUCAAUACACUUGUUUGCAUGAAAACCUCUUCCACUUUGUGACUGACAUCCAGAACACGGGUGUGGUGAAGAUCCCCGAUGCCAAAGGAGAUGAUGCGUGGAAAGUGUACUACGAGGAGACGCCUCAGGAAAUAGUGGAUGAGUUUGCAAUGCGUUACGGAGUGGAGUCCAUCUACCAAGCCAUGACUCACUUUGCCUGCCUGUCAUCUAAGUAUAUGUGCCCGGGUGUGCCCGCGGUGAUGAGCACCCUGCUGGCCAACAUCAAUGCCUACUACGCUCACACCACCCAGGCUACUAACAACGUCUCUGCCUCAGACCGCUUUGCUGCGUCCAACUUCGGGAAAGAACGAUUUGUCAAACUUCUUGAUCAGCUUCACAACUCCCUGAGGAUCGACCUGUCCAUGUAUCGAAACAACUUCCCUGCCAGCAGUCCCGAGAGGCUGCAGGACCUCAAGUCCACAGUGGACCUCCUCACCAGUAUCACCUUCUUCAGGAUGAAGGUUCAAGAGCUGCAGUCUCCGCCCAGAGCGAGCCAAGUGGUGAAAGACUGCGUCAAAGCCUGUCUCAACUCCACUUAUGAGUACAUCUUUAACAACUGCCAUGAACUCUACAGCCGCGAGUACCAGACAGACCCGGCUAAGCAGGGUGCAGUGCCUCCAGAGGAACAGGGACCCAGCAUCAAGAACCUGGACUUCUGGUCCAAACUCAUUACCCUUAUUGUCUCCAUCAUUGAGGAAGACAAGAAUUCCUAUACGCCCUGCCUGAACCAAUUCCCCCAGGAGCUCAAUGUGGGUAAAAUCAGCGCUGAAGUGAUGUGGAACUUGUUUGCUCAGGACAUGAAAUAUGCAAUGGAGGAACAUGAGAAAAACCGCUUGUGCAAGAGUGCCGAUUACAUGAACCUGCACUUCAAGGUCAAGUGGCUUUACAACGAGUACUGCAAAGAUCUGCCUUUCUUCAAGAGCAGAGUGCCUGAGUAUCCUGCGUGGUUUGAGCCUUUCGUGAUCCAGUGGCUGGAUGAAAACGAGGAAGUUUCUCGGGACUUCCUGCACGGCGCUUUGGAGAGAGACAAGAAAGAUGGGUUCCAGGUCACAUCAGAGCAUGCCUUGUUCUCUUGUUCUGUCGUGGAUGUGUUUUCCCAGCUCAACCAGAGCUUUGAGAUCAUCAGGAAAUUAGAGUGUCCAGAUCCGCAGAUCGUUGGACACUAUAUGAAACGAUUUGCUAAGACUAUCAGCAACGUACUUCUGUCAUAUGCUGACAUCAUCUCCAAGGUGUUUGCCAACUACAUCACCAUGGACAAAGUGCCCUGCAUCCUUAUCAACAACAUCCAACAGCUGAGAGUGCAGCUGGAGAAGAUGUUUGAGGCCAUGGGUGGAAAAGAUCUCUGUGUUGAGGCCAGCGACAUUUUGAAGGACUUGCAAGUUAAACUCAACAAUGUCAUGGAUGACCUCAGUAGAGUCUUCUCUGUCAGUUUUCAGCCUCAUAUCGAAGAGAAUGUGAAGCAGAUGGGCGACAUCUUGGCGCAGGUAAAAGGAACGUCGAAUGUCGGGAAUGCCAGCAGUGUGGCCCAGGAUGCUGACAACGUCCUGCAACCCAUCAUGGAGUUCUUGGACAGCAACCUGACUCUGUUUGCCAAGAUCUGUGAGAAGACCGUGUUGAAGCGCGUGCUGAAGGAGCUUUGGAAGCUGGUGAUGAACACCAUGGAGAAAACGAUUGUCCUGCCGCCGCUCACCGAUCAAACGGUGAGUGGGAGGCUGAAGAACGCUUCUCACAGCGACGGCACUCAGCUCAUCUUUAACGCUGCCAAGGAACUGGGUCAACUGUCCAAGCUGAAGGAGCACAUGGUUCGUGAAGAGGCCAAAGCUCUAACGCCCAAGCAGUGCGCAGUCAUAGAACUGGCCCUGGACACCAUCAAGCAAUAUUUCCACGCUGGUGGCGUUGGUCUAAAGAAGACGUUCCUGGAAAAGAGCCCCGACUUGCUGUCCCUUCACUACGCCCUGUCCCUCUACACACAGGCCACAGACAAACUUAUUAAGACCUUUGUCCAGUCACAGAAUACACAAGUGUUCGGCGGCAAGGGGGUGCGGUUCACCGCUAGUGAGGAUGUUUACCCAGAGAGGGGCUCCGGUGUGGACGACGCGGUGGGCGAGGUGUCCAUCCAUGUGGAGAUCUUUACUCACCCCAACACCGGCGAGCACAAGGUCACCGUGAAAGUGGUGGCCGCCAACGACCUGAGGUGGCAGACGCAAGGAAUAUUCCGUCCGUUCGUGGAGGUGUUCAUCAUCGGCCCUCACCUCAGCGACAAGAAGCGCAAGUACGCCACCAAAUCCAAGAACAACAGCUGGGCUCCCAAAUACAACGAAACCUUCACCUUCACGCUGAGCAGCGAGGUGGGCCCCGAAUGCUACGAGCUGCAGGUGUGCGUCAAGGACUACUGCUUUGCCCGCGAGGACCGCACGGUGGGCAUGGCCGUGCUGCAGCUGAAGGACGUGGCCUCCAAGGGCAGCGUGGCCUGCUGGCUGCCCUUGGGCAAGCGCAUCCACAUGGACGAGACGGGCCUGACUGUGCUGCGCAUCCUGUCGCAGCGCAACAACGACGACGUGGCCAAGGAGUUUGUCAAGCUCAAGUCGGACCAGCGCUCCGCCGAGGAAGGCCGCGGCUAAGCCCAGCUCCACCCCUCCCUCCCCUCAGCCAUGCUUGGUGAUGUAAAUUCAUUCAUUCCGAUGGGGGUGCGUCUAACAUGGAUGACAUCAGCCAUUUUGGUGGUCGAGUUAAAUCGUGGAGUUUGCGAUGUGUGUCAGAGAAGUUCCGGGAGUGGUGUUGAAAAAUAUAGACAGAGGUCCCUUGAAGUACAAGUUACGAGGUUUUUCAGGUAGCAGCUGUUGUUCGGAUGAUUCGUUUUACUUUGACCUGCAAGCAAAAAUUUGACAGAAUCGCUGCGUGGUGGCAGUGAGCUCAACUUUCCACAAGAAGAUGCAGUUUGACAGAUAGUGAACAGGACUGACUUCUGGCUGUGUGACACUACUCCCAUUUGCAAACUAAACUUUGAGAAUUACAUGUUGUGUAUUUAAAAAAAAAACAACAACAACAAAACAGAGCUUAACACUAACAGAAACGUCACAGAUGGGCUAAUUAAUAACAUUUGCGGUAUGUGGUGGUGUUGUCGUCCUAAAAGCAAUUUGAACACCAACGGUGGAGCAACUAACACGCAUAUUAUUUUUCCUCUCUGAAAAUAUUACUGCAACUUACUGUUAUCACUGUAUGGGUUUUUUUUUGUAAAAUACAAAUAAUAGUCCUUACCAAAAAACGUUUGGAGGGCAGGGGGUUGGAACAAAUUAAUGACGUUUCAAUCCAUUUUAAUGGGGGACGAUAAUUUGAGGGGUUUUGAGUUACACACGCGGUCAUUGAAUGAAUUCGACUCGUAUAUCAAGGCACCAAAUCAAAGUUCAAAUCAAAGCUUCAAGUAAUUUUCCCCUUCAAGUAAUUCCCUUGGAGUCUAAUGCUCAUUCCCAGCCUUCUGUGCCACACCCCCAUGAACUCUUGGAGGAUUCAUCCGGGAUCCCCUGCAGCUCCAUCGUCACGGCCAUCUUCAAAACGGGUCCCCUCGAUGACUCAGAUGAGGGUGGGAAAGAGGGAAAAAAAAAUACACCGGAGUAUGCUAUAGCAUGGCAAAGUCCUUCUCGGCAAGGAACUGUCAGAUGCUCAGGGCGUUGUAAGCAGCCACGUUGCCCUACCACAAUGCUCACCUCCUCUCACACAUACUCAGGAUCUCUUUGUAGAUGUGCCGGUUGAUCGUCUGACAAACACCGACGGGGAAAACUAGUUUUCUUUUUUAUGCGACACCAGUCCUGGAACAUUUCUGACACUUCUUAUAUCACGCGUGGCAUUGCACACGUCUCAUUCGGCUGCACAGGGUUUCAUUUUUUUUUUUCUUGACAAAUAGUUGCUCAUAUGCGUCGGCAAAAAGGAAACAAAGAUCCCAGGGAA